GCCUGUUAUUACGUCUACGUUUAGCUAUAGGUUAUUUUUUUUUUAAGUGUAAUCUUAUGGCAACCUAUUUCGUGACAUAGCUUUCAUCAUGACUGAAAACUUAACUGAUUCAAUAAACAAAACCAACAUGUCAGAAUCCGACAAGACUGAUCUUAAGAUAAUUGGUUUGUACGAAGAAAAUGGAAACUUGCCAGAGGAGCAGAAAAUUCACUUGAAAAGAGACAUCGGGCUUAUUAGCGCAAUCAACUUGAUCUUGAAUCUCAUUAUUGGGUCCGGCAUUUUCCUAACUCCUGGAACAGUUCUUUCCGAGUCAGGAUCCAUUGGAAUGUCGUUACUAGUUUGGUUCCUAAGUGGAAUCAUCUCAUUGAUGGGUGCCUUGGCGUUUGCGGAGCUGAGUACAGUGGUGCCCAAGUCUGGCGGGAGUUACGCUUACUUCCAAACAGCAUUUAAAGAUCUUCAUCCCUUCCUGGGACCUCUUCCGGGAUUUCUGUUUAUCUGGAUAAUGAUGAUCAUCGUAGUUCCGGCAGAUCUUGCCGUAGUUGCGCUACUCUUCGCUAACUACGUUUAUGAGCCUGUAAGACCUUCACUCUCACCGGAGUUCCAUGCAAAUAACGAAGUUUUAGUAAAAAACACCAUAGCAGCAGCUACUUUAGUUGCAGUUGGCAUAAUAAACUAUGUAAGUGUCAAGCUCUACUUGAACACACAGAAUCUUAUCAGUUUCUUGAAGCUAUCUGGAUGUGCAUUUGUCAUUGUUGGUGGAAUAUAUAUGUUAAUCUCAGGAAAGGCAUUAAACAUCAAUUUUGGGUUCGAAGGAACAAAAACUACUCCACACUCACUGGCGAUAGUCUUUUACGCAGGACUCUACAGUUACGAUGGUUGGAGCUGGGUAACAGGGGUAACUGAAGAAAUAAAAAACCCGGAUAAAAACAUAAUUAGAAGCAUACUGAUUGGGCUGCUGAUUGUAACGCUACUGUUUAUCAGUAUGAAUGUUGCAUACACAACAACACUGACAGUUGAUGAAAUCAUAUCUGGUUCUGCAGUUGCAGUGGAAUUUGGUGACAGAGUGUUUGGCCCAGGAAAAAUAGUUGUAUCCAUUGCUGUAGCAUUGAGUGCUUUGGGGGCUGCCCUUUCUCUUAUAUUUUAUGCUUCAAGGUUAGGCUACGUUGCUGCUAGGGAAGGGCAAAUGUGGGAAUUUAUUUGUUUCAUCCACAGAAGAAGACUGACCCCAGCGCCUGCAGUUAUUCUGCAGGUUGUUCUUGGGCUCGGCUACCUUUUCCUGGGGCGGGGCAUGGACACACUCAUAAACUUUUAUAUGUUUCUCAUGUGGAUUUUCUACGGACUCACUAUGGCGACAGUUUUCGUCUUGAGAAGAAGAAUGCCAUUAGCUAAUCGUCCAUUUAAGGUACCUCUGGUGAUCCCUGCUGUUGUUAUUGUCUUAUCAACAGCUCUGGCAGUCAUCCCGAUCUUUACCCAGCCUCCAAUGCAAUACAUCGUUUGUCUGCUACUGACAUCCCUUGGAGUCCUGUUUUACUAUCCGUUCAUUUACAAAAGAAUGAAGCUGCCCUACUUGGACGACUGCCAAAGAGUUCUUCAGAAAUGGAUGGAUGUGAUUCCUGCUAAAGAAGAACCCCCUUUAUAGUGUAGUUGACUUUUAUACUGGUGUAUCAUGUAAAAUAAAAAGUAUUGUUUAACA